CCGGGUUGUCCCCUCCUCUUCUCCUGAAGUUCGUAGUAACAGACGUCGGAGUGACGGAAGCUGACGACCCCUCGACCAUUAACGGCGACAUGUUGGGACUCUCUUACGGCGAGCUCUUCCUCUUGAUCGGAGCAACCGCUGCCCUAAUCGGACCCAAGGACCUUCCGAUCAUAGCGAGAACCGCGGGCCGGUUGGCGGGUCGAGCCAUCGGAUACGUUCAGUUAGCCCGGGGGCAGUUCGAUUCCGUCAUGCAGCAGACUCAAGCCCGUCAGGUGCACAAGGAGCUACAGGACACGAUAGCCCAGUUGGAAGCCAUACGCCAUGAAGUCAGAAGCAUAUCUUUCGUGAAUCCUGGCCCGUUGACUCGAAGGCUGGUGGAUGAUCCAAGCAACACCUCCAUUAGCAGUGGUGACAAAUUGCCCAAGGCACCUACCGAAGGAGAUACACAGACGACUAACUUCACAAAGGAUUUUGGUGCUGCUGGAUUAGACCUAACUAAUAUGCAUAGCCAGGCAAUAACAUAUGAGAAGUUGGCUGAAUCACCGGCCAUAAGGUCUGGUUCACCACAAAGCAGUACUAAGGCAGACAGCGUUGAUGAUGAAUCCGGUAUUCCUACCGUUUUGCCCGUGUCAGCUGAAACUGCCGGUUUAUUGCCAAAGCGGAAAGACGACGUAAAAGGAUCUGACAUUGUGUUGGAGGCUAUGUUGGAGGCAGAGGUGGCUCGCAACGCCAAAGAAUUUUUCUCUCAACCCCAGAAUCAAAUAAAAUAUGAGUGAGAAGUACCCAAAAUUUUGACAUCCUUUGACAUGCCAAUCCCAAGCAAUGUCUAGCAUCAUGCUGUGCACGAAGUAAAAGGAUAAUUUUCGUGGCUGUAUAGGCGAAGAAAUUGUAUAUUCAGGGAGCAUCGCCGUCUCCCUCUCUUAGAAUUGCGGUUCUCACAUUGGCAGGAGUGUGGAACUCUUGAGAGUGCCCUUUUACAGCCCUUGGUUUUAUUAUCUGUCCGUGUCUUGAGGUUCUCAAGGCUGGACUUGCUGGAAGAGCGACUAUAUGGACCAAAUAAUGGAGGAUUUCAAUUCCACCAUGUCUUCGUGAUAUUGUAGCUUGGGGAAAAAACGAUGAAUCCACGAAGGGCAUGAAUCAUUUGUUUCAUAGCUCAGAUCAGUUCGGUGAUUGUUUCGUUCCUCCUUUUGUGUGCGUUACUCCUCCAUGAAGCUUUUGCCCCAUUCUUCAGUUAUGACAGUUACUCAUCUUUCUCCUAUAUGUAGUUAUUGUAAUGAGAUUGCAGAAACUCUGAAUGAAUUUAUUCCCUUCCCAAUU